AUUUGAUGUUGAUGCAGAAAUUAAGGCAGCUGAUGUAGAAGAAAAGAGCAUGAGCAAAAAAACAAAAGUGAAAGGAGUUCCCUUAGACAUAGACUCAUCAGGCAUGACUGAGGAGCAGAAAGAUCUGAAAGCCAAUAGGGAGAAGGACAAAGGGAAUGAGGCUUUCAAAUCCCAGGACUUUGAAGAAGCUGUUACUUACUAUACCCGCAGUAUAUCGCUUAUGCCCAGUGCUGCAUCUUACAACAACAGAGCAUUAGCAUAUUUGAAGCUGAAAAAAUGGGACAAAGCUAUCCGUGAUUGUAACAGUGUUCUCAACACAGAGGUGGACAAUAUCAAAGCACUGAUGAGACGUGGAACAGCUUACAAAAGUAAACAUGACUUCAAGAAAGCCUGCAAGGAUCUGGAGAAAGUGCUGAAGCUGGAACCAAAUAAUAAAAAAGCUGAGGAUCUGUUAAAAGAAGUAAACAAAGAAAUGGCCCAGGACGAGAAAGAAAGAAAAGAGAAGGGAGGACGAAGGUUGGUCAUAGAAGAAGUUGACAGUGAUGAUAAUGAAACAGUUGAAGAAGUUGACGCAGACAAGCCUAUGGUGAAUGGGUAUGACCAUGAUGACAUAUGUGUGAAAGACACUCAGCCUCCAGCAUUAGAAGUUUCUGACAUGAAAAAGGAAAUGAAUUCUGAUAAUGAUCAAUGUAAGAUAGACGGGCUGACUUCAGUAGCUGACAAAUCAGAUGUCAAGAAGCAGGAACAUAUCAGUCAUGUUGACAAAGAAGAAACAAACAGUCUGACUUCAGCAAAUGGGUCUGAAAAAGGGGUACAAGACAAUACAGAUAAGUCCAAAGUUGUUGCUGAUGCCACUUUAUCUCCAUCUUCCAAACUUAAGCAACCAGAUGCUGAUAAUGUGUGUGAAUCAAAUUACAGUUCCAGUGAGGUGUCCAAACAGUCUCCUUCAUCUGCCCUGACUGAAUCCAUCAAUAAUGUUUCAUCCUUUGGCACCUGUCAAGAUAAUAAGGUAGAAUCAGAUCAGAGUUAUGCACCCAGUCAUCAAGAUAACCCAGUAGCUCUAGACAGUUCUUCAGCAUUGCCAUCUGCUGUCCCUCUGUCUAUGAAGACAAGUGCCUUAUCAUUUGCUGAAACAUCUGAUGAUAGCUCAUCGUUAAGACCACUACCACAGGAGGAAACCAGCUCAUUAAAACCAAAAGUGUCUUUCAGUCUCAAUGACUCGGUAGCAGAAACAACACAGGCAGCAUCGCAAGUGACUUCUGACCCUACUGCACCCAGCAGGAAAAGUAACACACCACGUCUUCAGUUCGUACAGCUGCCCUUACCAUCUGCAGUCUCAGAUCUGAAGGAGAAAGGAAACAGUCUGUUCCGAAGUGGACAAUAUGGGGAAGCCAUAGAACAGUAUUCUCAAGCCAUUGAGGAACUUGAAAAAGAUUCUGAUCAGCAUGUGAACCUGUCUGUGCUGUUAAGCAACCGUGCUGUGUGUCAUCUGAAGACAGGAAAUUUGAGUCAGACAGUGUCAGACUGCACUCACUCCCUUCAGCUGGUACCACAUGGAAGUAAAACUUUACUGCGACGGGCGGCUGCUUAUGAAGGCCUAGAAAAAUAUGCAGAAGCUUACGUUGACUACAAACACGUGAUAAGCCUUGACUCCUCUGCUGAUCAAGCACACCAGGGAGCUGCAAGAUGCCAGAGCAUGCUUCAGCAGAAAUUUGGGCUUAUGUCAUGGCGUGAGAAGAUACCACCUUUGGUGUUUGUCAGGGAUUGGGAAGUACCUGUAAUUGUUGAUCAGGCUGGCUUGAGUAGAUCAAUGUCUUCAACAGUGUCUUUAGCUGAUAAUGAUGAUAAAUCCAGCAAACCGUUACAGGCAGAAGAAACUAAUACAUUUUCAACAUUACCUGAGAGUGCUUCAGCACCAUCACAGCAGAUGCCAGUUGUCAAUCAGGUGGAAGGCCUACCACCACUGUCAUCUAGCAUUGACAGUAGCAACACCCCCAAACCAGAGACUGUUGUAAACCAGUGUAGCAAAGAGCAGGAGUUUGAGAGUCUGAAGGCCAGAGGAAACCAGUAUGUUCAAAAGGGUCAGUUCCAAGAAGCUGUCAAAUGUUACAGUACCUGCAUCUCUCUUUGUCCUGACCAGGUGGCAUGUUUUACGAAUAGAGCACUAUGUUAUCUAAAGCUGAAUAAGGCAAGUCAGGCAGAAGCUGACUGUGACAAGGCACUGGGUCUGCAAUCUAACAACCCUAAAGCAUUAUACAGAAGGGCACUGGCACGUAAGAUGUCUAAGAAAUACAAACUCAGCUUACAAGAUCUAAUAGAACUGGUAAAGUUGGAGCCAAAGAACUCGGCAGCUCAAAAGGAGAUUGACGCUGUCAAGCUGUUAUACAAAGAGGAAUUUGAAAUUCUGAAAAAGAAGGCAACUGCUGAAAAAGAAUCAAAGGUUAGGAAGAGGGUGAAAAUUGAAGAGGUUGAUGAGGAGGAGGAAGAAGAAAAACCUAGAGCAAAAGUUUCAGAUAAAAUAAAAGGACAGAGUAAAUCGAGGAGUGGCAAACAGCCACAGCAGUCAGCCAGCAGCAAAUCCAAAAUUAGCAGUGCAGACAAGAAGCACAACAAUAAUGUUAGCAAGAAACAGUCUCAGACACAUGAAGCACCCAUCCAAGGCCAACCACUGGCUCCCCCAACUGCACCACGUCUGAUGAAGACAACACCAUAUGAGUUCUGCCAAGCCUGGAACUCACUGAAAUCAUGUCAGGGUGUCCAGCCAUAUGCAGACAUCUUGAGACAGAUUCCUCCUGCAGACCUACCCUCAGUCAUUAGCAACAAACUUGAUGGGCAAAUGUUGCAGAUCAUUGUACGUUGUGUCUAUGAGGAAAUGGUACUCAAAGGUGAUGUGGAGCUUGGUUACCAGAUCUUGGACAGACUGUGCUUGGUGCCCAGAUUUUCCACUGUGUCCAUGUUUAUGACCAGUAAGGAGAAAAAAGAGGUAUCAGCAGUUUUGGACAUCCUGUCGAGAACUGCUUCCAGUGCCUGGACAUCUGCUGAUAUUGUUCGACUCAAGAAAGAGUACUCUGUGAAAUAA